ACAGUUAUAGUCAGUCCGUAGCGGGCGUUCUUCCAGUUGAGAACUUGCUUGGUAAAUUGUUUCCACUUGGUUUGAACUCAAUUGUACAACUCAUCAAUUUGACUAUUCAAUGAGAAACAAUUAUAAAUACGCGUGAAUUAUAAUUAAAAAUAUUUAUUAUACUUGAGAAGAAAUUCAGUUUUUCGGAACAGACAUUUUGGAAUUAAUAACUAACACUAGUGGAUAAGAUUUCGGGCAGUAGCAGAGACAUUACUAUUCAAUUUUAUUAUUCAAUAGAAUAAUAAAAGAAAAAGAAAAAAAGCAAAAAAUGAUUAAAAGAAUACCAAAAGUGCUGCGUUAAAUGUUGCCGCGAUGCGGAGAAUUAAACGACGAAGAAUCGAUGGACGAUUCCGAGGAUUAAUUGUGAAAUACGUGUGAUAAAAUGAGAAAUUCGUGAUCUAAUUAAUUAACAGACUGUAGCACAAACAUUUGGAUUACCAGUUGACUAAACUCGAGCAGUUAAAAAAAUAUUAUAAUAAAAAAUAACAAAAAAAAUUACGACAGUGAAGUGGAAGUUUUUUUUUUUGUUUUUAUCAAAAACACAAAUGUUCUUAUAUUCAGUGAUUUUACCAGAAUUCAUAUGAUUUAUUCUUAUAAUUAUUAUCAUCAUUGGAAAUAACAAGUAAUUAUUUCUGCAAAGUGUAUAAACCAAUAGACUUUGAUCAAAGCUAGUGGGAGGGUAGCAAGAUAAUGCGAAGUUUGGAAAGAUUAUCGGGCAGUGAUCAGGAUUACAUUGAUCAGGAAAUGUAUAUCGAUUUAGACGACGCUUCAGUGGACUCGAUAACGGGAAAAAGGGGACGUCAUCAUGUUGUUGGUGGCGAAGUGGGAGAGGAGAGCGACAGCAGUGGUAGUGAACAGAGUCCAAAGCAAGCAAAGAGAAGAAAUCGUGGUAGUGGUCCACCAGCGACAAGAAGACGGAAAAGUGGUAUAUCCGCACGUGAAAGAAACCUUAGACGAUUGGAGAGUAACGAGCGAGAGCGAAUGAGGAUGCAUUCGCUCAACGAUGCCUUCGAGCAACUCAGAGAAGUUAUACCACAUGUCAAGAUGGAACGGAAACUCAGCAAAAUAGAAACACUCACGCUUGCUAAAAAUUACAUCAUGGCUUUGACGAAUGUCAUAUGUGAGAUGCGCGGAGAAGAGCAACCUUACACAUUUGUUGAUGGGGAGUGUGGAUCAAGCAGUGGUGAUAGCACGGGACAACUUGAAUUAAGUGGUGGAGAACAGCCUGAAGAAGCGUCUCCAGCAUCAAUGCACGAAGCUAAUAACAAUAAUCUUCUUCAUGAAGAUCUUGAACGCAGGAUACCUUAGUUAAUAACUAACAAAAAACCAACUUUUAAUCAAAAAGGAAGAAAAUAGAUGGAAUAAUCAUCGUAAAAAAAUGAGUGAAAAAUUGCUUAAACAAAAAAGAAAGAUACCUAAAUAAGAAACUAAAGAUAUAUAAAUAAAAAAAUUAUAACUAUUGGUGUAUACGAUUAUGUUUAAAUGAUGAAACAAAAACUUUUAAACGUACACUAAAUAUUAUGUUUUAAACAUAUAAUAUAAAAUAAUUUCGACUAAUUUUUGAUGACUUAUAAACGAAAAUGGCACUAUUACUUUAUGAUAUUAUGAGAGAGUGCAGAAAGACUCGAUUGAAGUUUUAUUAUCAAAUGAUUUUUAUAUACUAAAAAAAUGCAAUUAAAAUCUCAUAAAAGCUUAAUAUGGAAAUAUAUGGGAAAGAUAACGAUGUUUGGUACGUUAUGAAUGUUUUUAAUAUAUUAUAAAUAAUAUAUAAAUGAGAAAAGAGGAUCUAACGACGAGAUAGGAAGGUAUGGGCUCAGCCUCAAACGCGAUACUGUGAUAGAAUAAUUUUUUUCGUAUUAAAAUUCUGUUGCUGGCUCAAACUUUAUCAUUCUCGUCUCUUAUAACUUUUAUUUAUAAGUUUCUUACGUUCAUACAAAGUUUUUAAAAUGAAGAAAUGAAUUUUACGUUUAAAAUAAAAGUUAAAUGUCAUUGGUGUGCCUUGUGUGUGAUUAGAUCCUUUAUGAGACUUCAAUAUGAAUUUAUAUAUACGUAUAAUAAUAUUUAGAAAAAUUUUAUCUUCGCAAUUUAUUAUGACUUUGUCUCGAACAAGUGUCGAUUGAUAAAGAUCCAAUAUUUUUCGUUAUAUAUAUUCAAAAUAUUGUUGAUAGAUGAAGUUUAUUUAUAAUUGUGUUAUUAAUUUAAUUGGAUUUUCAUUUAUUUCAUCUUCAAUGCGUUACUCGACUAUGCGACGUAUUUGAAAAAAUUAUAAAUUAAUGGGUUAAUUAUAUAAAUUAUUAAGCGCGUAUGUUGUACUUCAUUAUCAUGAAAAAUUAAACUAAAUUCUCAGUCGAUUCUUGAUAUCAGAAUUCAAUGAAUUAAACUCAUUUUGAAUAAUUAAAUAACUUAAAAUUAUUGUAAUUACAUAGAUAUAUUUUACUUUGAAAAAAAAAUCCUCAUUCAAAUGAUUGAAAACAAGAUAAAUAAAAAUACUAUUUAAUUGAGUUUUGAACAAAUUUGAUCAAACUAUACAAUUGGAUAAAGAAUAUUUGAAAUAUUUUCUGCUAGUUAGAACAUUUAUAUCUACAAAAAAGGUCUGUGUAAUUAUUUCAAACGAUACUUAUCCAUUAAUAUUAUUGUUUAAAAUAUAUUUUGUUUGAAACAUUCUCAACAUUCCAGAGGAAUGAGGCUAACCAAUGCUUCUUGCAAGGUUCACUGAUGGUGGUUGUGAUUAUAUAGUUAGAAUUGCUAAUACUUUCUCUUUCGUUGCAUAAUUUUAAACUUUGCGAAAGAUAGAGAUUAAAAGAGUGAGCUCGCGAGAAUCUGAGAAUGAUUUUGAAUAUAUUUUGUAUUUAUAACAGAAAAAAAAGUUUAAAUAUAAUCUUGACUAUA